UCUUAUUUUGUGUCCUUCUUAAGAUCUAAGAUUAAGUCAACAUAAUCCCUAAAUUCCCAUGGAUAUCGGCAACCAGAGUCUAGUUACUGAGUUUGUUUUGCUGGGUUUCUCCAACAUCACAGACGGCCAGAACUAUCUCAUCCUGCUGUUCUUCACCAUCUAUUUGAUCACCAUUCUGGGUAACUUCAUGAUCAUCACUGUCAUCCUGGUGGACUCCCAUCUUCACAGUCCUAUGUAUUUUUUCCUCAGCCACUUAUCCUGCUUGGAUGUCUGCUACUCAACUGUCACCGUGCCCAAGAUCCUUUCAAAUUUCCUUCUCCAAAGACACACCAUAUCCUACAACCAUUGCUUGACCCAGAUGUUCUUCUUGAUAGGCUUCACAAGCUCAGAAUGCUGGUUGCUGGCCAUCAUGGCUUACGACCGCUAUGCUGCCAUCUGUCAGCCUUUGCACUACUCACACCUCAUGAGUCCACGUGUUUGUGUGAUAUCAGCCAUUAUUGCCUGGAUCGGGGGCUUCCUGGAUGCAACAGUUCACACAGCCUUGGCUUCCAACUUCCAUUUCUGUGGACAUAAUCAGAUCUACCACAUCUUCUGUGAUCUACCUCCUCUGCUGAAAAUCGCUUGUGGUGAAAAAUUUGUCAGUGAGAUAACAAUGCACGUAGCCACGGUGUUUGUGGGAUUGGGUCCCUUCCUUUUUGUAGUAAUCUCCUACUUCUACAUCCUUGCAUCCAUCCUGCGUAUCCGUUCCAACACAGGGAGGCACAAAGCUUUUUCUACUUGUAUUUCUCAUGUGAUGGUGGUCCUUCUUUAUUUUGGGAAUGGUUUCAUUAACUAUAACCAGCCCAGUGCUGGCUACUCCCUGGAGACCGACACCUUGAUUUCUACUAUGUAUUGCAUUGUCACCCCCAUGAUGAACCCCCUGAUCUACAGCCUACGCAACAAGGAGGUGAAGGGGGCCCUGAGGAAGAUCCUGGAAAGGAGAAUAUAGAAUUCUUCUCAAAUGUUGUAAAGACAACCUUGAAGCUCUUCCUGGAACAUCAAGAGACCAAGUCUUGUUUUUCCUGACUAUACUCAGAACAGAAAAGACACAAGAAAUGUGUCUUAACAAAGGGUUUGGUCGAUUUUCACAAUUAGUAGCAUUCAGACUCACCGCCUUCCUCCAGGUUUACUACAAACGGAAAUGACUUGUCCUCUGCAACACCUUAACCAGUUAAAAGCUAGCAGAGACAUUGACAGAAGUAAUGAAGUUAGUUAGUGUUUACCUCAUUUUGCGUUUGUUUGUUUGUUUGUUGAGUUUAAUGUACUUUGUGAACUCUUAGGGUUGUGAAUCCAAUUAUCUUUGAUUGUUCAGUAUCCCAGGUAUUCCUAACAUUAAGAAGCUUAACAGUCAACUAUUGGUCAGGUAAAAAGUUUUAUAACUACAUGUGAGAAGAUCGUUUCAAAUUUUAAAGCUGAAACUACCUUAUUAUAUCUCAGCUCACACCACGCUUAGGCUAAAGGUGGUUUGUUUUAUUUUAACGAAGAUCA